GUAGAAGUUGGUAAUAAACAAGAACAUAUUUUUUAAAGUUAUAUCUUUUAGUUUGUUUUGUUUACUUCUUAAAGUGGUUUAAAAUGGAAAAUAUUGAAAAAGUUAUCAAUCUUUUGCAUAAAAGGAAAGUUGCUCGUGAUGAACAAUUCGCAAAUGAAGAGAGAAAGCAAAUUACAGAAUACAGUAAUUUGAUGAAUACAUUGCAGACUAUAAAAGAUGAACGUAACGAUUGUAAAGACAACAUUAUUAAACAUCUUCAGUGUUUAACGAUGCACAAACAUUCCACAUAUAAACUUAUUCAUAAUUCAGAGAAUAUUCCAGGAUUGCCGGUUUCUCACAAUUAUCAUCGGCAAACAAUAAUGUUUUUAUCUGAGGGGAUUGAUUUUAUAAAUAAAUUACCAAAUAUAUAUACAAACCUAGAUAACAAUAACAAAGAAAGUACUAUUAAUUCUACAAAUCUUCUUCAUGAUAUUACAUCUUGUACAAAUAGUGUAGGAAGUGAACUUUGUAAUAUAAAGUCUCUAAUUACAGAUGUAAAAACAUUGCAAAAAAAUACAGAUAUAUUGCAGGAGUAUUGUUUAGUUAAUAAUGAUGGGGAUAUGGAUAUCUAAACAAAUAAUGUCUUACACUUUGAAUGAGAAAAAUACAUUUUAUCCUUAAUCCUAACAGUAAUAAGAGGAAGGUAUUAUCUCAUUCUGAAAGUUAUGUGAAACAUCCCUUUCUGGUCUUUCAGUUUCAUAAGCAGAUAAGACUCCUUUAAUUUUAUCUCUGUAAAAUAAAUACACUUAGCAGUAACAAAGAGAACUUAUAAUAUUUAUCAUUAUAACAAAAUAAAGAUAAAUGUAUAAUUUUAAAAAAAGGAAAUACUCUUAAUACACAAAUAUAUAAAUA